AGGUCCCCGCCCCGCCACCCUCAGGCUCCGCCUUCGGCCCGGCCCGCCCCGCAGCCAGCGCCCUCCUCACCCCGCGCGGGCCGGCGUGGGUUCUGCCUGGUCUCCGCCGCGGGUGGCCUGUCUCCGGCCCAGGCUCCCGGAGCCGCGCCGCGGCGCAGGUACUGCCGCCGCCCCUUCCGUGCACGUCCCCGGCCGACCCGAGCCUCGCCCCGGCCGCGCACCCCGCCAGCCAGCUCCAUUCCAGCCCCUGCCCGCCUUCAUUCUCGACUGCGAUUUUUAGGGUGUCACCGUCCGCGGGUGCCGAGAGAAGGCAGGUCACACCACCUUUCCCCAGGAUCGACUGGCCACCGUUCGGCCCCGCUGACCGAGAAGCAGCCGGCGCUUCCCGGGGCGCCACGCGGAGUCGCCACGCGGAGACGGGGCGUGGGUUCUGGCUGGGUGUGACCAGGCCUGCCUGGCCGCGGACAGUGCCCGCUGACGCUGCUGUGGGUGAUCAUCAGAGUGGCCGUGGGCGUCUCCGGGAGCAAGGGACAAGCAGAGCCCAGCGCCGUGGCAGUUGCAGACAUGUGAGGAAGGUGUUGGUACCUGUGGGGGACCCGCUGCACUGUGGGGCCUGGCCAGAGCCCAGAGGAGGAACCACCCCGGCUGGGCAGGAUGGGCCUCAGGGGCAAGCAGAGCCCCAGGUCCCCACUGGCCCCUGCCCAGGGCCCUUGGUUCUUCCUCCUCCUCUGCCUGCACCUGGGUGCUGCCUGCCCGCAGGCCUGCAAGUGCCCUGACCACACGGGGCCUGUGGCAGUGCACUGCAGUGACCGUGGCCUGCAGGAGGUCCCUGGGGACAUCCCAGCCGACACUGUGCUCCUGAAGCUGGACGCCAAUAGGAUCUCCCGCAUUCCCGACGGCGCCUUCCAGCACCUGCACCAGCUGCGCGAGCUGGACCUGUCCCACAACGCCGUGGAGACCAUUGGCCCUGCUGCCUUCUCUGGCCUGGCCGGUGGCCUGCGACUGCUAGACCUGUCACACAACCGAAUCAGGAGGAUCCCCAAGGAUGCCCUGAGCAAGCUGGGUGCCAAGAUCCGCCUGUCCCACAACCCGCUGCAUUGCGAGUGUGCCUUGCAGGAGGCGCUCUGGGAGCUGAAACUGGACCCUGACUCGGUGGAUGAAAUGGCUUGCCACACCUCCGUGCAGGAGGAGUUCGUGGGCCAGCCGCUGAUCCAGGUGCUGGACUCGGGCGUCAGCCUCUGCAGUACCCAUCACAGGACCACAGAUGUGGCCAUGUUGGUCACCAUGUUCGGCUGGUUCACCAUGGUCGUCGCCUACAUCGUGUACUACGUGCGGCACAACCAGGAGGAUGCCCGGAGGCACCUGGAGUACCUGAAGUCCCUGCCCAGCGCUCCAGUGCCCAAGGACCUCGGCAGCCCUGUGCCCUAGUGCUUGUGGCCCGCAGGCCACCGUCCUCCAGCUGCCCUGGGCUUCCUGGCAAGUAGAGACCAUUAUGUACCUUUGAUGUCACCAGGGAGGGGUGUGACAGCAUCUUUGGUCCAGAGCUGUAGUCUGGCGAGUUCCUCCAUGUGCUGCUGUCCCUGGGCACUCAGGAGGGAGGAAACUGAGCCUUGGAGAAUGGGGACUCUCCAGACCACACCAUCAGGAUGUGGUCUGCCUCGGACAGAAGCCCGUGCCCCUUCCAUCCUACUAGGGACACAGAGACAUGAGGAGAGGCUUGUCUUUGAGUGACCCUAGGCACCCCUGGCAUGGGGCUGUGUGCCCUGUUUCCAGAGCAAAGUACUGGGGAUCCGGCUCCCUGGGGUGAGGGGGGGGGUGGGGUGUGCACUGAACCUGGCUCUCAGAGUGACCUUGCUGCUGAUGUUUCAGUCCAUUGAAGGGAAAAACACGGAGAAAAUCAGACACACGUGGCCCCGCCGGCUUCCGAGCUCUGGCCGGGCCUGCUCAGUGAAAAGGCCUGGACUUGGUCACUGUCGUGCCUUGCUUUUCUACGCAUUUAAAAUCCACAAGGACCCUUUUUGGAGGACAAGGGACCGGCGUGUGGCCUUUCCCAGCUGACCCACAGAUGCUGCUUUCCUUGGCAACCAGGAACUUUCCUUUUUCACCUUUACUGCCAGUAAUCUCAGAGCGCAUUUACUGCUCAGGUCUCUUACCUAGGUCACUUCAUGUUCAGGCUAGAUGUUACUUCCACCUGUGACUCUAAUUUUACUUCUUACUGUCUUUUUGUAUGCCUGUUUAUAUUUAAACUACUUCAAAUAUC